AUGAAGGUUUUUGCAUUUCUCUGUGUUGUCGCCACGGCUAUGGCUAUCCCAGGACCGGACAAGCGUAUCGUAAAAGGCUCACCGCCUGCUGUUCUCUUCGCCCACCCUCACCAGGCCUCUAUCCAGGUCAAUAACAAUGGCGACUGGCAUCACAUGUGUGGUGGUUCUCUUAUUGCCGACAAUAAGGUCUUGACCGCUGCCCACUGCCUGGAAGGUCAAACUGCUUCCAAAAUGCGAGUGGAGUUUGGAACUGUGACCUUGUUUGACGCAUCCAAUGGCUAUGAGCAGAUAGUUAGCGUCAGCUCCUUUGUCAUCCAUGCCGACUACAACCCCAAUUCUGCAGGUAUACCCAAUGAUAUCGGCCUCAUUUACCUGAGUUCUACUGUAACACUCAACGAACAUGUACAGAUUGCAACCCUAGCUCCAAGUGGAUCAUCUUUCGACAAUACUAAAUGUUUCAUCAGCGGCUUUGGCUUCACCUCGAAAUCAGGACCUGUCUCCCCACAACUGCUGGAGGUUAAACUGACCCAGCUCACCACAGAUGAUUGUGCAUCCAGAUGGCCAGAAGAGAACAUCAACAUUAAGCACAUCUGCAUCUUCGACGAUUCAGAAACUGACCCUACAACUCGGCCCGGUGCCUGCAUGGGGGACAGUGGUGGUCCAAUGAUGUGUGGCGACACAUUUGAGUACCUGGCAGGCGUCACCUCCUGGGGAGGGUCCAGCUGCAGUGGUAAGCUUCUGUUUGAAAGGUUCGGAAUAGAAUGGGAGUUGUGUAAAGAAAUGUAA